UUCAGAGUAUCUGCAUGCAGAGCCCUCCAUCCAUUUUCCUUCAAAGCAGAAAUGCUCUUCGCGCUCCUGUUUGGGUCGAAAAUCCUGGAUUUAGCUCCAUCCAUCUACCUAUAAACUCUGAGCAGCUUUCCUGUCCUUGCUUGCAGUACAUGUUCUACCAUGUAGACGGCUUGGGAGUAAGUGACCUGUGAAUAGAGUCACACCGGGGAUUUUCUAAAGGACUCCUUUGGUUCUGUAAAAGUGUACGAACGUCAGCCAGCGGAUAAAAGACAAAAAGUAGAAGCAAACCACCAGAAGAGGAGAGAAAAGAACAGAGCAUGGCUGAGAGGAUGAUUGCAUCUGAAAGUGAACCGUGACAGAAUGGUGGACUGUAUGAACAGAGUCAUGCUGCACACGGUUGUCUCAUGUUGGCAGCCAUUUCUUGGACUGGCACUUAUGGCUGCCUUUGUCGGCUCUACCUUGGGAUGUCCCUCACGCUGUGAGUGCUCAGCACAGACCAAGGCAGUUGUCUGUCACCGCAAGCGAAUGCCCACCAUCCCAGAUGGCAUCCCAACAGAGACCAGGAUCUUGGAUCUGAGUAAAAAUAAGCUCACAAUGAUCAACCCUGAUGACUUUAUUGCCUUCCCUGGGCUGGAGGAGCUUGACCUCAGUGGAAAUCUUAUCAGCUAUGUUGAGCCUGGAGCUUUUAAUGCCUUGUUUAACAUGCACUCACUCAGUCUUAAGAGUAAUCGAAUCAAGCUCCUCCCUUUGGGUGUUUUCACAGCCCUAACUAAUCUUACUCAACUUGAUAUAAGUGACAAUAAAAUUGUCGUCCUUUUGGAUUAUAUGUUCCAGGAUUUGCAUAAUCUGAGGGCUUUGGAAGUAGGUGAUAAUGAACUGGUCUAUAUCUCUCACCGUGCAUUCAGUGGACUCUUAAGCUUGGAGGAGUUAACACUAGAACGAUGCAACCUUACUGUUGUACCAACUGAGGCCCUCUCACAUCUGCACAACCUAGUCAGCCUUCAUCUCCGUUACCUCAGCAUUAGCACUUUGCAUCCGUACUCAUUCAAUAAGCUUUUCCGGCUUCGGCAUUUGGAAAUUGAUAACUGUCCAUCUUUAGACCACGUGCCCGCUAAUACCCUUCAUGGCCUAAACCUGACAACAUUGUUCAUAACCAACACCAACUUAUCCUCUUUUCCUUACCAAGCCCUUAAGCAUCUGCCCUACCUGACACACCUCAACUUGUCCUACAACCGUAUCAGGCACAUAGAAGGAGGGAUGCUGAUGCAGCUGGUACGUCUGCGUGAGUUACAUCUAGUUGGAGCUCAGCUUACUGCCAUUGAACCAUACGCUUUUCAAGGUCUUCGUGGACUCAAAGUCCUCAAUGUCUCUCACAACCACCUGGACACCUUGGAAAAGGGAGUAUUUCAGUCUCCCGAAGCUCUUGAAGUUCUACUGAUUGAUAACAACCCCUUGGUGUGUGACUGUCGUCUUAUGUGGAUUCUGCAGAAAAAGCACUCUAUCUUUUUUGGAGACUCACAGCCGGAAUGCAGCACACCUGAGGGGAUUCGUGGAAGGCCUUUUAAGGAGUUUAAGGAAGCUCUCCUGUCCUAUUAUGUAACAUGCACCAAGCCAAAAAUUCGAGAGAAUAAAACCCAAACAAUUACUGUUGAUGAGGGCCAGCAGGCAAUGCUUCGCUGCAGUGCUGAAGGGACACCAAGGCCAACUGUGUCAUGGUUGUCCCCACGUCGACGAGUAUUGACAAGUCGGAAUCAUGGAAGACUUAUGGUCCAUAACAAUGGCACAUUAGAGAUUAAGUCUGCUGAGAUACAAGACAGUGGAGUGUACAUUUGCCUGGCCUCCAACACUGCUGGGAAUGACACACUUAUGGCUUCAUUAGCGGUGAAAAGUCUGGGAUCCCUGUAUGCCAACAGGACCCAGCAUUAUACAGACCCCAACAAUGCCACUGCAAACGAAACAGCCAACAUUUCCCUUGGUUUGGACCUGAAGACUAUUUUAGUAUCCACAGCUAUGGGUUGUUUCACCUUUUUGGGAGUCGUUUUGUUUUGCUUCCUGCUCCUUUUUGUGUGGAGCAGAGGAAAAGGAAAACAUAAAAACAACAUUGAUGUUGAGUAUGUACCUCGGUCAAAGUCCAAUGGUACUAAUGUUGAUUCAGCAGAGGGACAAGCUGGUCCUCGUCGUUUUAACAUGAAAAUGAUGUAACUUAAAUAUACGUAUAAAUAGAGAGAGAGACACAGAGGAUGACUGGAUUAUGGAAAUGCCUGAAGUAUAAAGUAUUUUUUUGAAAAUAGGAUGACUGAAAAAGGUUGCGAAAUGUUUAAUGGUACCUAAGAUAAUGGGACAUGCCAUGAAUCACUGGAUUGUAAAAUAAUACCAGGAUACCAUGUUUCAGCUAUGAAAAGCACAUCACAAGUCUUACAUAACUGCCAGCUGGGAACUUCUAAAAUGAGGCAUGGAAGCAGUUGUCGCCAUGAGGACCUAAAGGCAAAAGGUGUCAUGUAUUAACUUUUUGAAAUUUGUAUGUAAAAAAA